AGAGGCGGCUGUUUCUCCAGCGCCCCUAAGCCGGCUCCGCUCGCCGCCGCCGCUCGCCGGGGCUUCCCGCCGCCACGGGGCGUCCUCCGCCCGCAGCGCUGCAGGCUCGGGCGGCCGGGCUCGCGCUCUGCCCGGGACAGGGGUGGGGGCUGCGCGGCGCCGGCCGAGGGGGAAGGGGCCGCGCCGCGCCCCGGCAGCUCCGCACCGCCAGCAGAUCUUGGUCACUGAACUUGAAGCAAUCUUUGGAUACAUGCUUCUACAAACUUGGUGAAGAUAUACUACAAACAGGACUGGCCAUGAGAAUUUUUUAUCUUCCUUCAGAAGUACGCUAAUGGGGCUGCUGAUAAGCAAUCUGCUUUUGUAAAGGUACAUAAAACAUUACCAUGAUUCAGCUGAAGGAAAUGAUUGCAGAGCUGUUGUAAGAACCGUUGCCAAGUACCAUUAAAGUCUACAGUGUUCAUUUGGAUUCAAGUCGAAUAGAAGAGGACCCAGUGGGGAACUGUACUUUCCUGAGCCGUGUCGCUUAAUGAACUGUGUGUGGACUCUGCAUUCAAUGACAGGCAAAUUCUCCCAUCGCAAGAUGUUAUUAAUACAGUAGUGGAUACGUUCCUACCUGAAGUCAGUCAGCGACAAAAGGAACCAGUUUAAACGAUGGCUGCAGCUGCCGAUGGUUUGGGAAGUACAACUAUAGAUACCACACAACUUAAUAUGUCAGUCACUGAUCCAACAGCUUGGGCUACUGCUAUGAAUAACCUCGGGAUGGUUCCAGUAGGAUUAGCUGGACAACAGCUUGUGACGGAUUCAAUCUGUGUACCAGGCUUUGAUCCAAGCCUCAGCAUGAUGACUGGAAUAACUCCAAUUAACCCGAUGAUACCAGGCAUGGGGUUAGUACCGCCGCCGCCACAAACAGAUGUGCCUGUAGUCAAAGAAAUAAUUCACUGCAAAAGCUGUACACUCUUCCCUCCAAACCCAAAUCUUCCACCACCUUCCACAAGAGAGAGACCUCCUGGGUGUAAGACUGUGUUUGUUGGAGGUUUACCAGAAAAUGCUACUGAGGAAAUUAUUCAGGAAGUCUUUGAGCAGUGUGGAGAUAUUACAGCUAUUCGGAAAAGCAAGAAGAAUUUUUGUCACAUUCGUUUUGCAGAGGAGUUCAUGGUUGAUAAAGCCAUUUACCUUUCUGGUUACCGCAUGAGAUUAGGAUCUAGCACAGACAAAAAGGAUUCAGGUCGCCUUCAUGUUGAUUUCGCUCAGGCAAGAGAUGACUUUUAUGAAUGGGAAUGCAAACAAAGAAUGCUGGCCAGAGAAGAACGUCAUAGGCGUAAAAUGGAAGAAGACAGACUACGACCUCCCUCUCCUCCGGCAAUAAUGCAUUAUUCUGAACACGAAGCUACUUUGCUGGCUGAAAAAUUGAAAGAUGACAGCAAAUUUUCAGAGGCCAUCACAGUGCUGCUUACCUGGAUUGAGCGAGGCGAGGUGAAUCGUCGCUCUGCAAAUCAAUUCUAUUCAAUGGUGCAGUCAGCAAAUAGUCACGUUCGCCGACUUAUGAAUGAGAAAGCCACUCAUGAACAAGAAAUGGAACAAGCCAAGGAGAGUUUUAAAAAUGCCUUAACAGGGAUCCUCACUCAAUUUGAGCAGAUUGUGGCCGUUUUCAACGCUUCUACCAGACAAAAAGCUUGGGACCAUUUCUCGAAAGCUCAGCGAAAGAACAUAGACAUUUGGCGAAAGCAUUCUGAGGAGCUCCGGAAUGCUCACAGCGAACAGCUCAUGGGGAUCCGCCGUGAAGAGGAGAUGGAAAUGUCUGAUGACGACAGCGGUGACAAUCCCAGUAAAAAGCUGAGAGUAGAUGAAUCAGCUCUAACAGCCCAAGCUUAUGCACUGAAGGAAGAGAAUGACAGCCUCAGAUGGCAGCUGGAUGCUUACAGAAAUGAAGUGGAGCUUCUAAAACAAGAGAAAGGACAACUCUUUCGGACCGAAGAAAGUCUCACAAAGGACCAACAGUUGAAAUUCCUGCAGCAGACAAUGCAAGGCAUGCAGCAGCAAUUGCUGAGUAUACAGGAAGAAUUAAAUAACAAAAAAUCUGAACUGGAGCAAGCAAAAGAAGAACAAACACAUACACAAGCCAGGCUUAAAGUUCUUCAGGAGCAGUUAAAAAGUGCCAAGGAGUUAGCAGAGAUCAACGGCCAUGACGAAUCUCAGGCAAAUGAAAUCAAUAUGUUGACAGUAGCAUUGGUCAACCAAGAGAGAGAAAAAAAUUCUGAGAAACGAAGCCAAGGUCUAAAAUCAGAGAAAGAGGCACUAUUAAUAGGUAUCAUAUCCACAUUUCUUCAUGUGCAUCCUUUCGGCGCCAAUAUAGAAUACCUUUGGUCUUACAUGCAGCAGCUGGACUCUAGGAUCUCUGCAAAUGAAAUAGAAAUGCUUUUGAUGAGAUUGCCACGCAUGUUUAAACAAGAGUUCACUGGCGUAGGAGCAACAUUGGAAAAGAGGUGGAAGUUUUGUGCCUUUGAAGGAAUUAAAACUACCUGACUGUGAAUAGUAAAGAAGUAUGCAGAAGAAGAAUUCCUAAAGCAUGGCAGGGUUACAAAGUAUUAAAGUAUGAAAUUUGGUUUUGACACACAGAAGUACGUUUUCAGAGUUAUCCAAGCCUAAUUUUAGUUACAUUUGUGACGUUCUCUUGUGAGUGGAAAUGUGGUUGUGCACCAGUUCCUAAAAAUAAAAAUAUAAAAUAUUUUAAAAUGUGACACAUCUGUUUCCUAUGAAAACUGAAGAAAGAUACCACAGUUAUAACGAUGUCAAGAUAUUAACGUGCUACAUCUAAGAAUAGCUCACUGAGCAAAUGGAUAAGGGAAAAGAUUGCCUAGUUAUGGUUGCUAAGCUACAGCAAUGUAUAUGUAAUAUAUAGCAGAAAUCAUUAUGUUAUGUUCCUGAAAGUCUUUCCGUUAAGUAAUUGUACAGUGAGAAAAAUUAUACCAAAAGAAAACUUGAAGAUGUGUCUGAACAGUUAUUGUCUUUUGUAAAUUAAGUUAUAUGCUGUUCCAGGGAUUUUUGCCUUAUUGAAAGAGGCCUGAAAAUGUGAUUGGACUCCUCGAGAAUGCUUUAUCAAGAAUAUUAUUUUUCUAAUGUAACUAUUCUUCAUUAUAAGUUCCUUUAACAUGGAUUGCAUAUCAAUUUUCAUAAAUAUGUAAAUAAAGAGGAAACCAGUGUUACUGUAUUGUAUUUGGUAUGUAACAUUCAGGUUUAUGCAUCAAAAUAAAUAUUCAGUUCAUUACUGUUAAGGAUUUUAUAGCAA